AUGUCCGCAGAAGUCAACCCCCCUAGGCGGUUCUUGUCGCUAGCAGAGCUUGCCACGAACAAAAUCAUCCAGAAUAUCGGCAAGAUCAAUGAUAUAGGUGCUACGCCGUUCCAUCUUUUGGCCCCUGUCCUUGAGCGAAUGAAUGCAAAACAACUCAACCAAAUAGAGUCAACUAGUCCCCAGAUUGUUCCUGAGUCCGACAAGCUAUGGCGUAUCCUUAUCGAGAAGGACUUUCCUAACAGACCCCUUCCCACCAAGAAGGCGGUGGAAACAGAAGUGAUGCCCAACAGAGCAGCAUACCACAAGUAUCUCGAGGACCGAGAAUCCUUCCGGAAUGAUCUGGCAAGGAGACUAAGACGGAUAACUGAAAAGUUGAAGCUGGAGAAGUCAGCCAAUAAGAUCGUCAAAGUCCAAGAAUUACUAAAAGAUCCCACCGUGAAAAGGAAGAAUUGGUCCGGAAGCCCUGGUGGCUUUCCAAGAUUCAACACCCCGGCUAUCCGAGGUAAUUCUAUCUUAAGCAAAGCUAGAAGAGACUUACAGAAUAGGUCAAUGAUGUUUCCCCAGAAAAUAAGUCGUUAUGAUCCGUACGAUGCAUUCAAA